CAUCAAACUCGAUCUCUCUAUAUCUCUUGCUUAAUUUCGAAUACAUCAUCUUUCUACAUCAACUCAAAAAUGGCACGAACGAUUCUUCUUCUUUUUCUGCCGCUCUUUCUCUUCUUCGUUCUUCCAACUUCUUUUGCAGCUCCAGUUAUUACUUACAAUGUGCUCAAUUAUGGAGCCAAAUCAGUCCCUAGUUUUGACUCAACCCAAGCCUUUAUGGCUGCAUGGACUCACGCCUGUGGCUCCACAAACCCCGCAACAAUCUACAUCCCCCCGGGUCGAUUCUUGCUACGAAACGUGAUCUUUCGCGGCCCCUGCAAGAACAAUGCUAUUGUGUUGCAUAUGGAUGGCACGCUAGUUGCUCCGUUUGAUUACAAGGUUAUAGGAAACGCAGAACAAUGGAUUUUGUUUGAGGACGUAAACGGUGUUUCAAUCUACGGCGGGGUACUUGACGGCCAAGGUACCAACUUGUGGGCUUGCAAGAGGGACGGCAGGAGCUGCCCUACUGGCGCAAAGAGCCUAGGAUUUAGAGGAUCAGAGAACAUUCUAAUUAGUGGAUUAACAUCUCUGAAUAGCCAAAUGUUCCACAUCGUCUUUGAUGGGUGUAACACCGUGAAAGUGAAAGGGGUGAGAGUCUCUGCUCCUGGGAACAGUCCUAACACUGACGGUAUUCACGUUGGGAAGUCCAGCGGCGUCAGCAUCUUCGAUUCCAAGAUAGGUACAGGUGAUGACUGCAUCUCAAUUGGCCCUGGUACCACAAAUCUUUGGAUUGAGAACGUGGCAUGUGGUCCUGGCCAUGGAAUUAGUAUUGGGAGUCUAGGAUGGGAACUGCAGGAGGCUGGAGUGCAGAAUGUAACUGUUAAAACGGUGACGUUUACCGGUACCCAGAAUGGGUUGAGGAUUAAGUCCUGGGCAAGACCAAGCAGUGGGUUUGCUAAGAGCAUUCUUUUCCAACAUGCAGUCAUGACCAACGUGGACAACCCUAUCGUGAUCGAUCAGAAUUAUUGUCCUGAUCACAAAAACUGUCCUAAUAAAGCUUCUGGGGUUAAAAUCAGUGGUGUGACAUACCAAGACAUUCAUGGCACAUCGGCGACAGAAGUAGCAGUGAAAUUUGAUUGCAGCUCGACUACCCCAUGCACCGGAAUUAAACUGGAAGACAUAAAGCUCAGUUACAGAAGUAAGGCAGCGAAAGCAUCGUUGCCUUGACAUGUAUUAUGAAUUCUUAAUUUCUACGAGCCAAAAGUCAAUAAAUAAGAUAAUUUGUUCGAGAUUGUUAUGUAGUAUAUAUUGUGACCUCUGUUUCAAAAUAUAAAAUUUUCUAAGAA